GUGCAGACAAAGCCCAUGGUGAGUCAUGCUACACUGUAACAAAACCUAAACAUUUGCACUCAAAAUUUUCUUCUUUAGUUGAUUUUCUCCGCUUAUGUAGAGUUUUAGCUACUGUUCUGUAAUGCAGAUGCUUAGCAACGUUGCUUUGACACAAUGAAAGUUUGUUCAAUUUACUGUGAGUUUAACGAAAGCCUCAUUCAUGGAGCAUCAGAAGAUGAAGGGCUACCAAGAUGUAUCAUGGAAACCUACCCUCCAGCAAUUUUACUAGCUCUGAUCUUGUUUAUUGGCCUCGUCAAAUAUAUUCAACGAAAAGAAAGAUAUAAAAAUGCCUAUAGAAAUUUUGAUUCAACAGAGGAUGCAGAGUCAGGGCCAGUACCCAACAAUGAAAUUCCCCACGAUAUUAGAUUCGGGACAGUCAAUAGGACAAACUCUAAGGAGAAUGGUCAUCCUCAAAUUCCCAAUCCAGUGAAGUUUGUUCAUGGCACUGACCAAAUGUCCUUCCUCUUCACGUUCCAACAAUUUCUGCAUGUGUGUCUGAUGAUUGUACCACUGAUUGAUUUUGCAACCAAAGGAGGCCUUGAUUCGUCCAGGUUACAGGGUGUGACUAUCUUCUUUGAUGCUGCAUCUCUUCUCUUAUGGCUGAUUGGUCUCCUGGUUUUGCGAUAUGAAAGUAUUGCCUUUUUCAAAGCAAAGAGAUCUUCCCACUCACUUGGGAUGAUCCUCUUCUGGGGUCUUGCCUUUAUCAACGAGAACCUGUCUUUUAUUUCCUGGAAUAAUAAACACUGGUGGUUUGAACACAAAACUACCAUCAAACAAGUAGAAUUAGGUCUUUUUAUAACUAGGUAUGUCUGUAUUUCUUUGCUCUUUUUGCUUGGACUCAAGGCUCCAGGACUGUACAAACCAGAACCUGUUCUUGAGGUACAUGUACGUGAAAGGCAAGGGCCUAAUGAAGCAACAUCUGUGGUUUCUGAUCGAUCUGGUCAAUCUGCUUUCAAAGAUUUCUGGAAAAAAUGCAAGAUGCUUUGGCCAUUUUUAUGGCCUUCAAACAGGUGGCUUCAGUUAAAAGUAGUGGUCUGUUUUAUCUUACUGGCUCUUGGAAGAGUUGUCAAUGUUCUCAUUCCCUACUCCUACAAACUUAUUGUCAACAAGUUAACUGGUGUCGGCAAUCAUAAGGUUGUAGAUCCUUAUGCAUUGAUUGGUAUUUAUGUAGCUCUGAAAUGGAUGGGAACAGGAAACUCAGGGGCUUUGAGCAACUUGCGUACUUUUGUAUGGAUAAGAAUCCAGCAGUUUACAAGUAGAACUCUUCAAGUUAGACUCUUUGAACAUCUUCACAGUUUGUCUUUGAGGUGGCACAUUACCAGGAAGACUGGUGAGGUCAUAACAAUGGUGAAUCGAGGAUCAAACAGUAUUUACAACCUUCUCAAUUAUAUCCUAUUCAACAUUGUGCCAACAAUUGCUGAUAUUAUUAUUGCCAUAGUGUAUUUCAUUGUUGCUUUCAAUGGCUGGUUUGGUCUCAUUGUCUUUAUCUCAAUGUCAGCUUACUUAGCUUCUACAAUCAUAGUCACAGAAUGGAGGACAAAAUUCCGGCGUGACAUGAAUAUCAGGGACAAUGAUGCCAAAGCAAAAGCUGUGGAUUCUCUUCUCAACUUUGAAACUGUCAAAUAUUAUGCAGGUGAAGAAUUUGAAGUGAACCGAUUGAAUGACGCCAUUGUUGGCUACCAGGAAUGUGAAUGGAAGGUACUUGGCUCAUUAGCCAUACUCAACACAGCUCAGAAUACCAUCAUUAAUGUUGGUCUUCUAGUUGGUGCAAUGUACUGUGGACAUCUGGUGGUGAAUGGAACACUAGGGGUUGGAGAAUUUGUCCAGUUCAUCACGUACAUGGUACAGUUGUACGUGCCUUUGAAUUUUUUUGGCACCUACUACAG